AUGAAUUCGACCGAAAGCAAUACCAACAGUAGCACCGAGGCUAUCACGGAGAUGUCUUUCGAUACGUAUGAUGAGGCGCUUGAAACACUCAAAGCUACGCAAGAGCUCCUUGGCUACGUCGUAGUCGUUGCAAAUAGCAAGAAUACCGGCAAGCCUAGGCGCAAGGAAGCCAAUAUCCGCUGUGAAUACAGUGGUCAGUAUAGGCCCUGGGACGAGGCAGAGGGUAUAUACAAGACGUCAUCCAAGAAGUCGGGAUGUGACUUUCGCUGUUACAUCCGCUUCUACCGACGUUGCAAUGCAUUCAAAGUCACCAUCAAGCACGGCUCUCAUAACCACGAACCUCUAUUUGAGCCAAUUGCUAACCCCAUCGUCCGUCAACGAAGCCAACGCAAAUUCGGCAUCGAGCGUCUUCAUAGCCUCGUCGAGGGGCUUAGCAAGAACGUCAAUAACAAGAGCAGGGAUAUCGUGGAUGCUAUCCGACAGGAAUAUCCUGAGCUCCUUAUUACCGAUUCUGAUAUACACUUCAUCCAGCUGCAACUUCGUGCCUUCCGUUACGGCGCCUCUACAUCUACACAAGCCUUCCUCGAUGUACUCAAAGAUGCUAAAGCAAAGGGGGAAAUCAGCUACUAUGCAGUUGACCGUGGCCCUAAUGGGAAGGUUUGGAGGUUUUUCUGGACAUACGAUGACUGUAUUGCUGACUGGAAGCGUAACCCCGAGCUCCUUAUCAUGGAUAAUACGUAUAAGGUCAACCGCUUUAACAUGCCGCUUCUACAGAUCAUUGGCACAACAGGGCUACACAAGAGCUUCAGUGUAGGCUUUGGCCUCACUGCCAAGGAAGACGAAGGCGCGUUCCAAUGGAUCCUCUCACAGUUGCGUGAGGCUGGUCGGCAGGCUGAUAUUCCGGACCCGGGCGUUGUGAUUACCGACUUUGAUACCGCCCUGAAGAACGCCCUUGACUCUAUCUUCCCAUCAACGCAACAACAAGUGUGCGUUUGGCAUAUGAUGAAGAACGUGAUCCUUCACAUCAAGAAGAAGUGGGAAGGAUCCCUCGAUGGCACCGAGAUUGGCGGAGAUAGGCCAGAACAGGAGACUCGCCUCGCUGCAGCAGCCGCUCUCGACGACCCUAUACAGGCAGAUAAUGCCAUUGACGAGGACCGACCUAUCGACCGUGCCACUGAUUACCAGAUUCAACAUGCCUCACAACUGGCAGAUCAAGAUCAGUGGGAUCUACUCUGUAUAGAGUUUUCGGAUCAGCCAGCUCUCGUUAAUUACCUCCGUACAACCUACUGGCCAUGGCGUGCCCAGUUUUCCACCUACGCUAUCCAACAGUACCGAAAUUAUAACAUUACGGUAACUUCCCGUGUGGAGAGCACACAUCACGAGUUGAAGUCACGAUUACGCAACCGCUUCAUUGACCUCCAUCAGCUACAAGAGCACAUCAGAGGGCUCGUUACCCAUCGGCAAAAGAAGCAUCGCGAGAAGCUUCAAUCCGAGUUUGCAAGAGCUAGAGUUGAAUGGGCCAAGCAGACGAUUAUGAAGUCACUGCACCGAAAAUUGGCUGGCAGCCGAUGA